GAGAGGGAAGAGAUCAUGAAGAGAAAGAGAUACGAGAUGGAGAAGAAGAAGAAGACAGAGAUUCAAACCGCCAUUGAAGAGCUCUCUCUUUUCAUCAUAACUAAACCAGGAGAUAACACUGAAUUAGCUACACAUAUACCCUUGAGGCCUCUUCUCUCCUUCUGCGACUUAAUCAUCCAAGUUCUUGAUAAGAUAGGACCGACAAUGGCUGUUCUUAGACAAGACAUUGAUCAAAAUAUUCAGAGAUUAGAGAAAGUUUGUGAAACAGAUUCAUGUGUUUAUUCCAACUUGGUUGAGAUUCUGAAGAAAGAAAAGGAAGAGGGAACUUCCAAGAUGGUUGCUAGUUGCAGUAGAGCUAUCUUUUGGCUCACUAGGACAAUGGAUUUUACUUCGGGUUUACUACGAUUAUUGUCGAAAGAAACGUCAUUGAGAAUGGAAGAACUUGUCGAAGAAUGCUACAUGACGACUUUAAAACCGCAUCAUGGAUGGAUCGCGUCUGCUGCUUUCAAAGUGUGUUUGAAGCUGGUACCUGACAACAAGACGUUCAUGGAAGCGAUCGGUGCAAGAGACGAAAGCUAUGAUACCUUCAGAGAAGACAUUGAUACUUUAAGCUCAUUGCUGACACCUAUUCUCAAAGAAAUCUACUUUGUUCUGGAACAAUACGGGUUGAACAGAUUAAGAUCGAUGUAGGUGAUGGGUUGAAAAAGAAUCCAAUUAUUUAAUGGAUUUUCACUCAAAUGAUAAGUUUAGUUUAAAAAAAUAAUGUAUAUAUCCUUGUUGUAAGAUUUAUUUAUUUAAUCAUCCGAACUAAAAUGAUUCAUCUUUUUUUUCGUUUCUUUUUUUUUUUUCUUUUUUUAUGUUAGAUAUUAAUAUACCUGUAAAAUAGAUGUAUCAUGUAUGGAUGUAAUUUAAUCAGUAUAUCCUCA